GACAUUCCGAGUCACAGCCAUGAACACUUACGAACUCGAUCCGGCACAUUACUAUACUCUCCCCGGACUCGCCUGGGAUGCCCUGCUGAAGUACACCAAGGUAUCCCUCUCUCUUCUGAGUGAUGUGGAUAUGCACCUAUUCAUCGAGCGUGGUCUCCGUGGUGGGGUGUCAAUGGCUUCACAUCGACAUGGCAAGGCAAACAACAGGUACAUGAAGAGUUAUGAUGAGACCAAACCAUCCACCUAUCUCCAGUAUUUAGAUGCCAAUAAUCUUUAUGGCUGGGCGAUGUCACAGCAUCUACCAGUAUCGCACUUUGAGUGGUGCCCACCGACACGCGAGCUCCUGGAUAGCAUCCUCACUCAAGCGGACGAUGCCUCGCUAGGCUACAUGAUUGAAUGCGAUCUCACCGUACCAGAUCACUUGCACGACCUGCUCAACGACUACCCACCAGCACCGGAGAAGAUGACCAUCAGCGAGGAGAUGCUCUCCCCAUACCAACGCGACCUGAUGAAGAGUAUGUCGAUCACCGGACUAUCCUCACCUAAACUGGUCCCUCAUCUCAUGCGCAAGCAACGGUAUGUGCUCCACUAUCGCAACCUACAGCUUUAUUCCAAACUUGGACUAACCAUCGACUGUGUACACCGUGUACUACGCUUCAAGCAGGAAGCUUGGAUGAAGCCGUACAUCGAGCUAAACACAGAGCUCCGCAAACAAGCUGCCAACGACUUUGAAAGAGACUAUUUCAAGCUGAUGAACAAUGCCGUAUUUGGCAAAACUAUGGAGAAUGUGCGAAGGAGAGUGAACAUCCGCUUGCUGCGAGCGGACGAUGAUGAGGACAGGAUCCUCACAGCCGUAGCCAAGCCGACGUAUGUUAGACACGUCAUGUUUGACAAUGACCUCGUCGGCGUUGAAAACAGAAAAAUCCGCGUCUCCCUCAACAAGCCCGUGUACAUCGGAAUGAGUGUACUAGAUCUCAGCAAGGAGUUGAUGUAUCGCUACUACUAUUUCAAUCUCAAGUCUCACUAUGCCGAGCGUGUGCGACUGCUGUACACCGAUACGGAUUCCCUCAUCCUCCAGUUGGAAACGGAUGACUUGUACGCGGACAUGAUGAGCGACUUGGAUGCGUACGACACCAGCAACUACCCCACAGAUCACCCGCUAUACAGCCAGGUGAAUAAGAAGAAAGUAGGUAAAUUUAAAGAUGAGCUAGGUGGAAAAAUGAUGAGUGAAUUCGUAGCUUUACGCUCCAAGAUGUACUCAUACAACGGUGAGGAAAGCGGACAGCGGGCCAAGGGUGUCAAAAGAAGCGUGACGAAGAAGUUCACCAUCCGCGACUACGAGCGUUGUCUAACAGAAAGACGCACCUCUGCUCACCCUAUGACUGCGCUGAGAAGCCACGAUCAUCGCAUCUUCACCGAAACAGUUACGAAGACCUCACUCUCGCCAUUCGACAGUAAAAGAUACAUUCAGCCCGAUGGUGUAUCCACGCUGGCAUACGGUCAUCGCCGCAUUGAACCCUCGCACGCGUUACAGUAAACAAUGAACUACCAGCAUUGAGAUUCUGACUUGAUUUUCAUACAGCUAUAGCCAUACAUAUUGAGAUAGUGAUGAUGAUGCAAUGAAUCUCCAUGUUAGAAUAUCCAAUGAAUUAUUUGUUAGAACUUCAUCAUGCUUCUUCAGCAAUAGCGAAUAAUCAGCAAGCAGUUUUCUUUAGAGUUUUUCCCAUUGAUUGGUGCUGAUCCAUGUGUUGAACUUAUCCGGAUAGCCUUUCCACUUGACGAGGGAUUUACCGUUUCUCUUGCGAAGGACUUUCUCCACCCGAAAUCGGGUUUGUGUGGUCUUCUGCAACUGCUGCUCGUAGAAGCUGCCUAUGAUGGGUUCAUUCAUGAGGUCUCGUAUGCGAUAGGUGACGGGCUGUGUUGUUAGCACACGAUCAAUGAUGAACACCUCUUCAGUCCAAUUGGGUGUGUACCCCUUUUCAAAG